UGAAAAAGAUGUAUCAUAACUCCAGGGAAAUUCCCACUGCUUAGGUUAGAUCCAGGAAAGGGGGCGGGAGUCCCUAUGGACGCGAUGCUACAACACAGGCGCGCGCGCUGCAGAAAGGUUGUGGAGAUCCACAAACAACAUUUUGUCACUGCCGCAGCGUCAGUACAGACGCAUACAUAUGCAUACCCACACCACUCACACGACCAGCCUUGCCUUGGUCGUAAAAGCGUCUGCUGUAGACACCGCAAAGCACGGCUGGAGGAUUGGCGACACGAAAGCACUGAGGAAGCAAUAAAUUGGGGUGCAAUUUAAAUUCAAGCUCAGUUGAAGUUAACUAAAGCUUAAUUACAGUCGACGCAGUACUGACAAAAGAUGGCUAGCGGUCUAGUAAGCACGAGGGUACGAGUCCGUUGCGAACCGCCGCUUCUAGCAUCGAUCCACUCCGCCAUCUACGCCCCAUCGCUAUCGCCAUCAGCGACAAUAUUUUUGCAAUGAGCAGGAGUCUAUUUCGCGGGAAAGAUAAAUUUCAAGAGCCACCCAAGGGCUGCAGGUGCUCAGCUUUAAAAAAUCAAGAGUAGCUCGGGGACACCGGACCCGCAGUGCUGCGCUCCAAUAGCGCUGUAAUGACAUCUAACAAAAGACCAAAGGCACAUCCCACCGAGGACGACUCAAAGGACCAAGCGAAAAGGGAAAUCCCAAUUCUACUACCCCAAGAUGAACGUCAUCGCACGUACAAGGUUGCUGUAGCGAUGGCAAUGAUACGUUCCAAGCCAGACAAUGUUUCGGCCGACGAUUACGUCAGAAAACUCGCGGAGGACUUGAGAAACAGUGAAGCCAGACUAUCGGACGCAUGCAAAAGCCUCGAAGACGAUGUGAUCCAUUUGCGGCAGAAAAUCGCGUUGAUGAGCGUCAGAGGCGGCAUUCGUUCUGAACCAUUCGCCUUUCGUCGUGAAUCGUGGAAGAACUCUACGGAGAAGCUUUCAAUCACAGCAGAACGCAUCGGACAGCACUGGGUGUUUUUGGAAAAUUACCUGUCAGUCGCGUCCAAUGCAGCGCUUUUCGACCAGGGAGGCGUCACUGAUGUCGAAGAAUUGACGCUGCGCUCUGCAAGCAACCUCCUACGGACGUUGCGCAAGAGCGCACCGAUCGGAUUCGUCGAAAUGGAGCUGAGCAAUAAGGCACUGUCGACUUUGGCAGAUAUGUGCGACGAUCGACGCAGUGCUCUAGCGCCUUCUCUCCGCGCAGCUGUAGUGGGUUUUGUCACCGACAGUGUGAACGAAAUCGUGGAGCAAGAAGCCAUCGACUACAGGCGCCUGGAAAAUAUUGCAAGCUGGGUGGGAAGCCUUGCCAGUGGGCAAGCUUUCACACUUGCCAUUACCAGACAUCUUCUGGACAAGCUGCUUCAGUUUGCAAGCUUCAUUGGCACGCUACAGGAAGACCAGCGAGGCCCAGAAGCAGAGCACUUUGACCGUUCAUUCUUUCUGCUACAGUGUACGGAAAAUGCUGUUGCAUCACUAAAACAAGUUUCGCCCCUCGAUUGCUGUGAGCUCUCUGAAAUGGCAAAAGCGCUGGCCGACUUUUCAUUCAAAUGCCAGGAGGCGCAGCCACUGUUUGCAGGUUACCUAUACGAGGUUGUAAGAGGGCUGAAAAAGAGCUUGACUAGUCGCAAGACCAAUAAGCAACGAGUGAAAAAAAUUGUACCACUAGUGAGAAACAGAAUUGUAAUAGAUAACGCGGCUGUUGACACCUGUGUUAAACUAUGCAAUUUUAAGAUGCCCUAAAAGCAUCUCAACCCAAAAUGCAAUUUCAGUGACGAGAACAGACAAAGCGAAAGGUGUGUAAUAAAUUAGAUUUAUUCAAACAUACCUCUCUCAUGAAAUGCCUAUAUACAUGUAACAGUCUCGUCAAUUCCGCACUCCGUCUGCAUACCUUGUGCAGAGAGAAAAAAAAAGUAUGAUUCUGGUCUCUUUUUUUUUGGUUACUCUAGUGCACAACACUGACCUUGACAAAGCCAAGCACUCCGAAAUUUGAGCUUGGAAUGCAAACAUGUCAAGUGCAUAAAACCACAAAUGUAGGUCAACUAAAUAACUAUGGCUUGAGGAUAAAAAAAGAAUAAAGAAA